UGCUGGCGAAGCGGUCGUGGAUAACAAGUGGCUCUGGAAAGUUCCCUUAUGUGCACAGUUCUUCCGUGGUGUAUCUUCAGCUCUUAAUAAGGAUACUUUCUUCAUCAUUCUUGUGCAGACAAGUUUGUUGUUUAAGAUGGAAGAAGCAUAUACAGAACUGUAUUGCGAGUUUCUUCGCCUGAGAUCACUAUGCCUGAAACAGGCAGCACUAUUGCAGCAACUCACCAAGGCCAUGCAGAAAGAACAAGGAAACUUUGUUGGUAGUGGAGGCCUCAGUGACAUGGAUUCUAUCCCAGUUCAAUAUAAUCAAGAGAGCCCUAAGCAUCUUCAUGAAGUACCUGAACCACUAAAAGCCACAGCACAAAACCUGACAGCACUGCAUGAAACCAGUUGCAUCUCCAAGGGUGCAGGGACCUUCUCUGGACUUCUUGCUAAAGACAUGGGAACUCUUAAUUUGGAGCAAAGAAAAGAGGAUGGGAAGGUUGAAUGUAAAGCCCUUCCAUUCUUAGCUCUCGAUUCCCCAGAAGGAGGUGGAGCACUAGGCUCCUCUCAUUUCUCACAAAGUCCAAGGCAAGUGGGUUAUCCUGUGAGGGAGGCAACACCAAAAACAUGUAAGAUGGCCUGGUCACAUAGCUCCUUCCUGGACGGUGAGUUUCUCAUCCAGACUGAUGGGGUCCUGAUGUCUGAACUGCCACUGCAGUCUCAGGUGUGUGAAUUCUGUCAGGCUGUUUUCCCCGGAGACACCACCACCAGAGGAGAGUUCCUGCGACACCUGUCCACACACAUUACCUGAGCAAAAACAUUUUUCUUUUUCUUUCUCUCUCUCGAGCUUUUCGUGAAAUUUGCUUCUGAUCCUUCUGUAUAAGAGCGGCCACUUAGACUGUCAGUCAAGUAUAGCGGACAUUUAAGCGCUAGAUUUUGAAUUUAUGGGCUAUUAUUGGUACUUCUGGAAUACGACUACACAAUCUUCAUAGACAUUGAUUUUGGGAAAUUAUAUUUUCUGAAUUGUUGCGUUAUUGGAUCCAACAGACUGAACACACUCUUGAAUAAAAUGAA